ACAAGUGUGCGCCCUUACUCCCACUACCCAUGAUGCUUCAACGCAACGUCCUUUCGGACUCCGCUCCGGUUCUCCUCUCCCUCCUCCUCCUCCUCUUCCAGAACCUCGCCAUUUCAUCCAGCCAAUCAGAUGGAUCAGAUGGCGAGGUCCUCCUCAAGUUCAAGGCCUCCUUAGACAACCCGGCCGCCCUGGACACCUGGGCCGCCCCCACGGCCCCAUGCAGUGGCGGCUGGAAGGGUGUCCUGUGCGGCCAGGGCCGCGUGUGGGGCCUCCAGCUCGAGGGAAUGGGGCUGCAUGGCGCGAUCGACGUCGAAACCCUAGCGCAACUUCCCGGUCUGAGGAGCCUGAGCUUCAAGAACAACGAUUUCGAGGGCGCGUUGCCCAACCUCACGCGCCACGGAUCGCUCAAGACGGUGUAUUUGUCGAACAACAAAUUCUCCGGUGAGAUUAGUGACGGGGCGUUCUCUGGGAUGAACUCGUUGAAGAAGCUUCACUUGGAGAACAAUAAAAUUUCCGGCACGAUUCCGGCGACUUUGACGGCGGCGCCGAGGCUGAUUGAAUUGGCACUGCAGGACAAUCAGUUUGAAGGUGAAAUACCUAAUUUUGAGCAGGAAGGAUUGAAAAACUUCAAUGUUUCGAAUAAUAGAUUGGUUGGACAGAUCCCUCGAGGCCUCAGCCGUUUAGAUGCUUCCUCAUUUUCGGGCAACGACGACCUAUGCGGGCUGCCGCUCGAGGCGUGCCCCGCUAACUACAUCGGCCCCACUAAGUACGACUACCACGACGACCGCACCCGCCACCGCAAAUUCCCGGAGACGACAAUUGCCGUCGUCGCAAUCCUCCUCGGUGCAGCCCUCUUAGCCCUUCUAGGCGUCUGCAUCUUCUUCAUCUGCCGCAAAAAGAAGCCCCACCAAGAAACCGCUCCGGCAGCCACCGCAGAUUUAGACCAAAUGGAAAGGGGCAGCGAAUCCGCGGCGGCCCCGGGCGGCUCCGAGGGCGGCAAGCCGAGCGUGAGGCUGCUGACUUUCUUGAAAGAAGACUCGGAGAAAUUCGACAUGCAAGAGCUGCUCCGGGCGUCGGCGGAGGUGCUCGGCGGCGGCGUGUUCGGGUCGACGUACAAGGCGGGGCUCAACGGGAAGAAGAUGGUUGUGAAGAGAUUUAAGCACAUGAAUCAAGUUAGCAAAGAGGACUUUAACGAGCACAUGAGGCGGCUCGGCCGCAUGAGCCACCGGAACGUGCAGCCUAUCGUGGCUUUCUACUACAAGAAGGAGGAGAAGCUCCUCGUCACCGCCUUUGCCGAGAACGUCAGCCUCGCCGCUCGGCUUCAUGGCAAUCAAAUGCGUGACCACCGAUCGCUAGACUGGACGACGCGCCUCAAAAUCGUGAAAGGGGUGGCGAAGGGGCUUCUCUACCUCCACAACGAGUUACCGAGCCUGACCCCGGCCCACGGCCACCUGAAGGCGUCGAACGUGCUCCUCGAUGCCGCCUUCGCGCCUCUCCUCACCGACUACGGACUAAUCCCGAUCAUCAACAAAGAGCAAGCCGAAGAGAGCAUGGUCGCCUACAAGUCGCCCGAGUACAAGGAAACCGGCAAGCUCACCAAGAAAACCGACGUCUGGUGCUUCGGAUAUCUGAUCCUCGAGAUCCUCACGAGGAAAGACUCCGGCGUGGAGCAGCAGGCGGACGUCGACCUCGCCACGUGGGUGGAGACCGCCGUCGCCAACGAGAGCUCCGGCGGUGACGGCGUCGCCGGCGCGGCGGUGUUUGACCAGGAUAUGGCUGGAGCUAGGCACAGCCAGGUUGAGAUGAUGAAGCUGCUGAGAAUCGGGCUGAGCUGCUGCGAGGCUGACGUGGAGAAGCGGCCGGAGAUGAAGGAGGUGGCGGAGAAGGUGGAGGAGAUAAGGGAGAGGGAAUUUGAUGAUGAUUUCUACUCAUCAUAUGCGAGCGAAAGUGACAUGCUUUCAUCAAGGGGAUUAUCUGAGGAUUUCAGGUCCAUCAAUAUAUAGAUUCGAAAAUUUGAUUUCAUUCAUAGAUAUGUGUAUAUUUUCUAAUUUGGUUUGCUCUUGUAAUAUUUAUCUGUGGUUGAAUUUUUGAUUCUAUUGGCUGAUGUCUUGAUGAUUUGCACUUUUA